AUGAUUAGGGAUCAAGACAAAGAAUACUAUGAAAACAAAGCCGCUAUGAAAAAGAAGGAGAAAUUAUGGAAAACAAAGGAAUGGUUGUUAAUAAGGGACCUUAGAGAUGCCCUCAAAAUCAUUGAUCAGCUAAGAACUGAAAAGGAAAGUCUUGAAGAACAGAAGAAUGAAGAAAUAAGAAAAAUUAAGGCACAACUACAAAAGAGAAAAGAAGCAGAAACCCAGUUCUCUAGUAAAGAGUUUCUGCCACCAGGAAGUCCUCAGAUAGCAAAACCCUUCAUGGAAGCAGAAGUUUAUUAUUCUGGAAACAGUACUACAACUCCAAAAGUUAAGAAGGUCACCAAUCAACUUUACAAUGCGAAGGUUGAGUUUGAAAUUCCUAACUGCCCAAUGUUUGGAACCACUGUAGUAAUAGAUACAGGGGCAUCAACAUGUUGUAUAAACAAGAAAGUCAUUCCAGAAGAAGCAAUGGAACCUCUAAAUCAUUAUGUUUUCUUCAAUGGUCUAAAUUCAAGACAACAAGCUACCUCAAAUGAAGCAGUCAGAGCCAUGCGAAACCUACAAGAAAUCAUACAAUGCAAAGCCCAAAUCUAA